AGGGUCUCUCGCUACCAGUGCGAUCAGUGUACCGACUUUUUCAAAAUCACUAUUCGUCUUGCUCGUUCCUCUCACACAUCCAGAUUUUCACCAUUUGUUCAACAUACGUUUAUCCAUUUUCUCAAUGGUAUCUCAUUGACAGACAAUACACCACAAUGACGUCGCCAGUUGUAGUUAUUUUGUCGAUUUUCGCUAUUCUCAUCAUUUCCAGCGAGGCAGCCACCAUACGAGACUAUGAUGAAUUUCCAGGAAGUAACAUUAUCAAAGGCACGUGCCCAGCAAUUGGACUUACCGCAGCAGAAUACAGAGUGACUGUCAUCACCGAGACGAGAUCGGAGUCAAUGGACAUCGGUGGGUGUGCCUCCAUCGAUUUACAGUCACCUGACGUUACAAAAAAUUCAUUUAACAUGUGGAUUGGAAGUUUGAAGAAUGGCAUGCAACGUUGCCGUGAGGAUGAUAUGGAACAAUUCAACUUUACCUGUGUGUCUUUGCCGCAAUCAGAAGACUUCAUGAAGGGAAUUAUGUUUGCACAAAUAUUAGGCCGAGUCAAUACCAAGGGGAGCAAACAAAGAUGUGCCAUUCACGACAUGGUCAAAGGAAACGCAACGAUGUUCAGAAUUGCGGUUAGUGGUAAUGAUUCAUGCCACGGUUUGGCUGAUCUAUUACAAUCAAACCUACAAACAACGAUUCCCGAUGGUGCCACGGUACUGCAAUUAAACAGAAUCAGAUUGGUAUCUAACCAAUUACGAUCAGAAGAUAGUGCACCGAAUGGGUAUGGCCAUUCAAAUGUUAUUAACCACUUUUCUGGUAGCUGGGUCAAUAAAUUGUAGGCACUUACCUAAAUAAUCAUUUCCUGAUUACAAUUAUUAUAAUAAAAAACUUCGAAAAAUAAA